GCUCCCACCCUUGGCCCUUCCUUGUGUCACAGUCCUGGCUUUAUUUAGUAAACGUGGACAACCACCUGGACUCCUGUCGUGUAAUCUUUCCCGCACGAAGUCAGGAGCCCACACACUACAGCUCCAACCAACUGAGCUCAACACAUUUGUAAUCCACCCACGUUUCUACAUCCCUUGAGCUCUCGUUGUUGCAUUCCUGGUCCUCUCCCAAGAAUUCAAACUCAGAUUACCCAAUAGUGUGCUCCGAAUGACUUCACGGUUGCUCAAUAUCCUCAACCGUGUGGUCAUCUAUUCGUUACGAUAUCUACGUCUCCCUGUCAGCAGGCAGCUCCUCCACACACUGGAGCGGUUAAUGAUUGCUCUGCCUUUACUAUAAAAGGGGACCUGGCGACAGCUGCCACCGCCUCUCACCGCGGGUGGCUACGGCCGGAGCUCUCACAGCAGGUACAGAGAGCUCGCGGUGAUGGCAGACGGGUAUGUGUGGUUUGAAGGGAUCCCUUUCCCUGUGGUGGACUGCACCCCUGAACACCUGAGAGCAAUGCAGGAUUUUGUGUUCAAGGAUGAAGAUGUCUUAACAGUGUCUUUCCCCAAAUCAGGAACGAACUGGUUGGUUGAAAUCCUCUGCCUGAUAUACUCCAAGGGAGACCCCAGGUGGGUCCAAUCUGUGCCUAUCUGGGAACGCUCUCCCUGGGUAGAGAACACGCAUGGGUAUCAGAUCCUAAAGGAUAAGGAAGGCCCACGCCUCAUCACCUCCCAUGUCCCCAUCCACCUCUUCCCCAAGUCUAUCUUCAAGUCCAAGACCAAGGUGAUUUAUCUCAUCCGAAAUCCCAGAGAUAUUCUCGUGUCUGGUUACUUUUUCUGGAUUAUUUCCAAGUUCGUGAAGAGACCAGAGUCCCUGGAACAGUAUUUCGAAUGGUUCACCCAAGGACACGUGGCGUUUGGAUCGUGGUUUGACCACACCCGUGGCUGGAUGUCCUUGAGAGGGCAGGAGAACGUUUUGAUAGUGAGUUACGAAGAGCUAAAACAGGACACAAGAAGUGUUGUACAGAAGAUCUGCUGCUUCCUGGGCAAGAAAUUAGAACCAGAAGAACUGAACUCACUCCUCAAGCAUAGCUCCUUCCAGGUCAUGAAAGAAAACAAGAUGUCCAAUUACACUCUCCUGCGUGGUUGGCUUAUAGAGGAUAAGAAUGGGUCACUUAUGAGAAAAGGCAUUUCUGGAGACUGGAAAAAUCACUUCACAGUGGCCCAAGCUGAAGUCUUCGACAGGAUAUUCCGGGAGAAGAUGGCGGGCCUCCCUCCAGAGCUGUUCCCAUGGGAAUAAUGUUCAACGAUGUCUAGAGCUCACGGAGAUAAAUAUUUGUCCUCCUGCCUGUGUACAUGUGAAUGACUGCUGGCAAUUGCAUAAAACCUGUUACUUCAUCCUGGAGCUUUGAAUCAUCAGAUUUCUGAACUUUGGCGACUUGACUGUUAAAAAUUACUAGGGUAGUCCAGUCAGUGUGGCUCAGUGGUUGAGCGACAACCUAUAAACCAGGAGGUCACCGUUGAUUCCCGGUCAGGGCACAUGCCCAGGUUUUGGGCUCAAUUCCCAGUAGGGGCCGUGCAGGAAGCAGCUGAUCAAUGAUUCUCAUCAUUGAUGUUUCUCUCGCUCCCUCUCCCUUCUGCUCUGAAAUCAAUAAAAAAUAAAACUAAAAAAAUUACCAGGAUACCUAUAAUUCACUGCAUGGCAUCCCAGCUUUUUAAAAAAUAUUUAAUACAUACAGAACACAAAUAUUACCCAAAGCUAUGCCAAAUUUUUUUUUAUAAAAAUAAAAAAUUAA